UAAUAAUUAUUCUACCCCAAUUAACUAUAAUUAAAUAAUUUUUUGAUCUACGCUUCAAAAGUGUAAAUAUAUUUUUAACGGCCAGUUUAUUCUUGAUAAUCAAUAGUAAUAGUCGAUAGGUACGGUGGUAGCGGCUUGUUAAAAGAAAUUAUAUUUUCAAGAAUACCUAAUUAUAAAGAUGCCGUCCUACUGGGAAGUAAACGAGGAGAAUUUUUAUAAUCAAGUUUAUAAGGAAAUGGGCAAAACUAAAUCGGAAAUCUUUGAGUAUGUGGAAAUACUUAAGAAGUGGGCGAGCGAACAGCCGCAUUUUCCAGAGGUGCCGCCUGAGAAUGGUCUAUUAUUUUCGAUAGUAGCUUGUAAAUUCAGUAUUGAAAAAGCGAAAAGAAAAAUAGACAUGUACUAUACCAUAAGAAAUCUUAUGCCCGAUAUUUAUCAAGAACAUCCAUUUUCUCCCAAAAUGCAAAAAGCCCAACAAGUUUGCUAUUUUUUUCCCCUUCCAAAACCUUCAAAGGAAGCCCACAGGGUGGUUUAUUGCAAAUUUGACCCAAGGUAUAAACCAGAAGAUUUUCACCAUGAAGAUUUCGUGAUUCAGUUGAUUCAAAUAAUCGAAAUUUAUCUUCAAGAAGACAAAUCUUUUUAUUUUUCGUUGAUUAUUGACUGCGAACCUGUUAAACUGGGGCACAUUUCCAGAUUCAAUCCCAUGAUUAUAAAAAAACUGGGAACCUGUGUGGAGAAAGUUUACGCCAACAGAGUGGCAGCAGUCUAUUUAAUCAAUUUUUAUGCCAGUUUAGAAACUUUAGUUAAUACAGUUUUUAAGCCAUUUUUGCCAAAGUUAGUAGCAGAUAGGAUGCAUAUUAUGAACGGUACUGAAGGACUUUUUAAAAUUUAUGAUAAAUCCAUACUUCCAAAAGACAUUGGGGGAGAAGAAAAGUCUCUUGAUGAGUUACGAGAGGGUUGGAUUGAAAAAUUACGUGAAUGGAAGCCAAGGUUUGACAAAAUCCAGUACAUGAAAGUAGACGAAUCCAAAAGGCCUUCGAAAUUAGAAAACGAUGACGUGUUGGGGUACUAUGGAAGUUUUAGACAAAUCGGAGUAGAUUAAAAUCUAAUUGAUAAUAAAUAUUGUAGUUAUAAGAGGUUCUAAUAAAGGCCUUUUUUUAUCCAAA